AUGCAUCGUCAUGCCGUCGAUAGCUUAUUCUUAGCAGCAUUGGUAGGGAUUACGGGCUACUACUACUACUACUUACGGUGUCUUGGUGGGCACUGGCGCAGUUUGCGCUGGACCAAGUCGCUCAUGACACCUCGACCAACAGCUCAAUUAUGCGGCGUCGAGUUUUUAGAGUCCGGCAGUUGCGAUAUAGCCAUCCAUCCAUUCGGCUGUAAGGAUCUAGCUCCGAUCAUGGGCACGUACCGCACCGUGCACCUUACGUUGCGCUGCUUUACUGCUGCGGUAUCAACUCAUAAGUCAUCGAUCCAGAGUCUGCUUGAUUCACUCUAA